ACUUCCGGAAACAAAGAACGAGCGAAACGCCCAAUCAGACAAGACUUGAGUUUGAACCGAGCCGAUGGUUCCUUCUCUCUUUAACCGAAAACCACAACACAACAGCCAGCCACCCGCGACUCUGAGUGAUUACAGACUCGUCUCUGAGCCGGUCAGUUGUUUAUGUGCUGUGUUCCUCCAGUCGACAGCUGUUUCAUGGGAACCCAGGAGGGAGAGAGAGAUUGGGUUGAUGUGGCAAAUGAUCUGUUCAGCAAGUGUCACUUAAACCUGAGGCUGAGGUCACUGACGGAGUGUGAUGCAAAUGUUUUCAUCACUCUGUAUGAGAACAUCUUGGGGGAGAAAGUUCCAGAUUACAUUGCAGAAACAUGCAGUCAAGAGGAUGACGUCCAUAAUGUUCAGUCUAUGAUUGAUUCAUUGUCUCUGGAUUACCUUCAGAUCAGCCUCUCACACAUUACAGGAGAAAAUGUUGUCAGAGGAGACAAAGAGUCAAUCAAGAACCUCCUGGAAAUCUUUGAUGGCCUCCUGGAAUAUCUCAACGAGGAGAUAAGUGUGGAGUCACAGAAUGGUGAGGAACUGAGUAACGGUCUCAAUGAGGAUGUCCCCAGUGAAAAGGACUCAACAAACUGCAAUGGCACAGAUCUCAAGGAGACUAAAAGAGAUGAAGCAUCAUUGUCUUCCACUGGAGAGUCUGCUGCCCAGUCCAGCAAACAUUCCCUCCAUUCCUGGAAUGGUGAGGAGAUGGGCUCAACUAGUGAGCUCAUUGGGCUGGGCGUCUCUGCCCGCACAUUUACAGGAAAACAAGAAGGACUGGCUAUCCCUCCUCAAACCUCAGACCCAAUCACCACCUCCGGGCCUCUGGAUGACCAGGAUGCUCUACUGACUGAACCGUGGCACUUAGCCAUUGCUCUGCAGCCCCCCACCCAGAGCAACACUCCCCACAGACCUGACACAGACCCACACACGCACACUCAGCCCCCAAAAGCAGCUGGGCCGAGCCUCGGACUAACAGAGCAAGAAGCUGCUCCCGACACUACAGAGAUCACUAAACCGAGAGCUGAGACCGUGGUCAACAAUGGACUACAGUCUCCUUCUCUUUGCCAGUCACCUGCUUUGAGUGAGAAGUCUUUGUCGAGUCAACAAAGAACCAGGACAGAAGUGGAGGGGGAGACACUCGAGACAACUAAUGGAGGCCCCAGGAGGGUUUUAUUCCGCACCCAGCCAGAUGUGCUCUUCCUCACCCUGCAGGAUGAGAUGGCACCAACCACCCCUUCACCACCAGACACUGAAGAUGAGGAUCUGAGGUAUACACGAAGAUUACAAGGCAGAAGAAUAAAUCACAGUGAAGGGACGAACAUCAGUAACCAGUCUGAGGAGGGUUUCGAGGAACCUCUUUCUAAUCGCAGACAGAGGAAUAGGAAAGCAGAAGAGGAACUGCAUCACAUAUCUGAAAAACUGUCUCAUCGACUCGAAGAACUCGAUGAGAUGCUCAAACGUGUUCUGGAAGAAAGUGGAGAGUCCAGUGAGGUCAGAGAGGAGGACAAGCAGUCUCAUCACAGCGACAGCAUCAUGGAGUGUCGGAAGACUCCCAGACAACACAUGGUUUCAGGUACACCUGAUGUUGAAUCCACGCAAAGCACACGCUCCUUGUCACCCUCUCCACCUCGGGCCCGUCGCUCCCUGCAGGGACAGUUAGAAAAUGCGAUGGUAGAGGCCUUGAGCCUGGAUGACGGGAGACAGACAAACCUCUCAGCUCCGGAUCAUUCAAGACAAAGAGAGCACAGAAAACAUAGCAAGUAUCUGGAGAAAAAGGGCUAUGAGGAAGAGUUAAAAAGAUAUGAAGACAAAGAACAGGCAGAUCUGGACAAGGCACGCCUCAAAGCUCAGGAAGCUGAGCGCGAGUACAGAGAGGCCUUACUCAGAGAUGUUUCCCAAGCCCCCAGACUGUCUCCAGCUAGAGUGAAGACCCAGCACAAGUCACAUCGAAACACACAAACAGGACGGACAAGGCAGGAAGCCCCCAGGAAAACUCCUUCAAUGAAAGUCAAGGAGAAUGAACUCCUCCCUGUGCUCGUGGAGGAGUUGCCCCACCUUCACGUUUCUCCUCACGCUCUGGGCAGGAUGUGGGAGCAGCAGAUGCAGCAGGUGGACAGACUCCACGCCAUGUCGUCCUCCCAUAGCCACCAGCGUCAAAGCAAACUCUCCAGCCAGGUGGAGGAAGCACAGAGGAAACACGACCUGCUGGUGGAGAUUGUCCGCAAAAAACAGGACCACAAAAGGCGUCUGACGGAUUUCAAAGAACGUAUCCAGCAGCAGAAGUCGACACAAAACAGACUGAGAGAACAGAGACAGCAGAUCGCCCGCGCCAAGAAGUACCACAGCGACUACCACGUCCAACACCGCGCUCGUCUGAUGAGGGCACGCACCAAGGAGGAGAGGAUGUUUCGGAAGCUGUUCGACGAGGGUUUAGAGGUACAGAAAGUCCGGUUGAGGGAACAGAGAGCCUAUGCCAGGGAGCAGCGGCUAGAACACCAGAGACAACACCAGGACCACAUCAAGUCUAUGGAGAACUACUACAAGGACCAA